UAUCCCUUCUUACCCUUUCAUAGCAACUCAUGAGAACGUAUUCGUGUACAUGGAGGCAGAAUGCCCGAAGUUCAGUCACAGUUACCUCUGCAAUAAAGGAACCAACCUUCAACUCCGGGCUACCCCAGACUGCGUACACCAACUAAUAAUAAACCAAGACUUACAGGAAUCCUGCCAAGUAACAACAGUACUACUACAAAAGCCAGCAAUGGAACAGCUCGAUGAUCAGCACUACGUCGUCUCGUUCCCUCAGCCGACGAGAGUUCAAUUAACAUGCGAAAGAGAAGAUUACAAUUUACUGCAAGGGAGUUACCUAGUGACUAUUCCCCUCAAUUGCUAUCUACGGACCGCAGAGUUCACCAUUACGAAUGACAAGGACGAAAUAAAAGGUCAUCCUCUGAAGCUCACUAAAAUCCCAUAUGACGUAAUGAAACAAGUUGCAACCCCAAGCCACGUACACCUGAAAUCUAUUGAUUUGAAAGGACUACACAACGUCCAGAGCAAACUUUUAGUCGAGCCUCCCUUAACACUCGAUACAAAUGAAACCAAUGUCCUAUAUCACACAACGAUACCCCUAUACGUGAUAAUAAUAGGUGCAUGCGCACUCGUUAUAGCCAUUAGAAGCCGAAGACGCAACUUAUGGAACUGCAAACUUCGAAACGCCCAAGAAGCCAAACCAACAUUCAAUCAGACUCUCGAAGACCCUGAAAAAGCUGAAAAUCAUAUAGAUGGCCUACCAGCAAUAUUUUCACUAAACGUUAGAAAAUAAUUGCUCAUCUGAGGGUGGAGGAGUUAGAUAUCGCAGUACAAAGGAAGCCGCCGACUCCACAGUUCUACAGAACGAAGGCACAGCAAAUGCACCGAUCACGAGGCGCUGGAUCAGCACACGUGUCGCGUUUUACCGGAACAACGUAAUUUCUCAGUCAACUCACUUUUGGUUCAACCUUCGUACAAUUGUCACCUAUC